UCGUGCGAUUCGCGUCACGGCGGCGGCGGCGCAAAUAGACUCCGGGACGCUGGGUCGCGGCAGUGGCGGCGGCGGCGGCAGCGGGCGGCCCCCUGCUCCCCUCAGCUCCUGACGGCCACGGUUCCGAGGAUCCCGAGACGCGUGGCGAGCUCUGGGUCACCUCACUAUCCUAAAAGUCCAUCCUCCCAAGAAGAAGGGACAGAAAGAAAGACCUCUUUGUAAGAAAGGCUUGGGUAUCCCAUGAACGAGACAGCAGAACACCGACUGGGGUACAGCAGGACUCCAGAGCCAGACAUAAGGCUCAGGAAGGGGCACCAGCUUGAUGGCAGCAGGAGUGAUGAGGAUGGCGCCUGCCACGCAGACCUGGGGCCUGUGGUAGAGGCAGCUGCCCUUUCUUCCUCUCAUAAGAAAGUAAGUGCAAGCAAAAGGAUGAGCCUGGAGGAGCAGGAGUGCAGAGAUGAGGCGUCCCAGGAGGACGAGGGGUUCAUGGGCAUGUCCCCCCUCCUGCAAGCCCACCACGCGAUGGAGAGGAUGGAGGAGUUUGUUUGUAAGGUCUGGGAAGGGCGAUGGCGAGUCAUCCCUCACGACGUGCUCCCAGACUGGCUCAAGGACAACGACUUCCUUUUGCACGGACACCGGCCCCCCAUGCCGUCCUUCCGGGCCUGCUUCAGGAGCAUUUUCCGAAUUCACACAGAGACGGGUAACAUCUGGACGCAUCUCUUAGGUUGCGUGCUCUUCCUGUGCCUGGGGGUCUUCUAUAUGUUCCGCCCGAACAUCUCCUUCGUGGCCCCGCUGCAGGAGAAGGUGGUCUUCGGAUUAUUCUUCUUGGGCGCCAUCCUCUGCCUCUCCUUUUCGUGGCUGUUCCACACAGUCUACUGCCACUCAGAAGGGGUCUCGCGGCUCUUCUCUAAACUGGAUUACUCCGGCAUCGCCCUCCUGAUCAUGGGCAGCUUUGUCCCUUGGCUUUAUUACUCUUUCUACUGUAACCCGCAACCUUGCUUCAUCUACUUGAUCGUCAUCUGCGUGCUGGGCAUCGCAGCCAUCAUCGUCUCCCAGUGGGACAUGUUCGCCACCCCUCAGUAUCGGGGAGUCAGAGCAGGAGUGUUUCUGGGCCUUGGCCUGAGCGGAGUCAUCCCUACCUUGCACUACGUCAUUGCAGAGGGGGUCCUGAAGGCUGCUACCAUCGGGCAGAUCGGCUGGCUGAUGCUCAUGGCCGGCCUGUACAUCACGGGGGCGGCCCUGUACGCUGCCCGCAUCCCCGAGCGCUUCUUUCCCGGCAAGUGUGACAUCUGGUUUCACUCUCAUCAGCUGUUUCAUAUCUUCGUGGUUGCUGGCGCUUUUGUUCACUUCCACGGUGUCUCAAACCUCCAGGAGUUCCGUUUCAUGAUUGGCGGAGGCUGCAGUGAUGAGGACGCACUGUGACACCUGCCAGUGGCCAGGGACUGUGACCCUGAACCAGUGCCGGCGGCGCCUGGAGGUCUCCCUCCCCGGCCUUUGGCGCCAGAGCCAGAGGAGCGCCGACUCAGCCGCAUCGUGGGCUUUGGGACGCCCCAGGGCUCCGCGUGGGCCGCGACUGGGAAGAGAAAACAAAAAUAAAUCCCUCACAGGGUGGAGAAGAGGAGAGACGGCCCAGCCCUGACUUGUUCUUGGGGCCUGCCGCUCCGGGGCGCUGCCGGACCGGGCUCGCUGGCUUCGGAGCCGCAGCCUGCUCUUUGUGGACGGCGUGGCUGGAGGUCCAUUCUCCCCUCCCACCUUCAGACAAUGAUACAGACCAGUUUCGGUGAACAUUUAUAUUCUGUUAAGGGGUGGGACUGUGAUUUUAGACGUUCUUUUGGGGGAACUAAGAAAUUAAUGUAAAUAAGAUUUCUAACUUACUGUUCAAAUAAAAAUUUAUAUAAAUGUGUAAGACAUAGGGGUAGGGGAGGGAGGGAGAAUUUUUGUAUAGAAUGAAACAUGCAAGUACCACACACUGUUUCCAUUUUGCACAAGUGACUGUAAGGUGGUCAGGUGACAGCCCCAGAAUGUACACCUCGUGCACCAAGGUGCCUUCCGAAGGCCGGCAGGCCUUGGGCCCUGGUGGGGCAGGGCGCGCAGCCCGGCGCUCACGGGGCCGCUCACCCUGUGUCAGAGAGCCUGGCCUGCUUUCUACUCUGUGGCCCUUUCUGAGGAGCAGAGCCACCUGCUUAGGAAACUCACUCGUGCCGGCAGAGGGUGUUGGGGCCAGCGGAGGAAGGAGUGUGGGGCUGUCGGCAUGGGCCCACCUCGUUCCCUCCUGGCGUCCUCUUCAACUUUGUGUUGACUUUGUUUGGCUGCAGGGGGCGGGCGGGGGCGAUGGCUUUCCGUAUCUUUGCUGUGGAGCUCUAGAACACCCUCUCGGUUUCCCUUUGUUCACGUCACUGCCCAGCUCCCCUUGUGCCUCCUGGAAAUAAAAAUGGACCUUUCCUUGGCAUCAUGGUUCCCGGCAGGGAGCCAGUCACAGGAGGGGUUGUGACAGGCCCAGGUGCUUCCCGACUCGCUUACGUGGGCGGGGAGAACCUGGGUGACAGCCGGUGCCUCGGCACUCCAUCCUUAGAAACGAGCCCAGCACCCACCCUGGAGUCACCAGCACGCCCAGGUCCCCAUUUUCAGCCCUAGACAGUGUGGUGGGAAGUUUUAAGAGGAGAUGCUGUGUUACUGCCUGGGAGUCUGGUAGGACCCGUGAAGGUGCGUCUCUUAAGAGCGGAUCGAAGUAAGAAAACACUGCUCGUGGCUCAGAGGCACCCUGUUAAGAGGUCAGAGUGGCAGGGGAGGCCCUGGUUCACGGAACUCUUACCACUCACAGGUGGACCGCCAGAAUCGCCCGAUCAGGUCACUCACUCAGCCACGACUCCAGGCGACCGAGCCACAGCCCGGGGUGGUGGGUGCGAGACGGAAGCACUGAGGCCCUGAGCGUGGCGGGCGGCGUCCUCAGAUGGCUGUUUGGGGACACGAGAAGGGUCUGAUGGUUCGGUGUGGGGUUUUCCUGGGCGGUAUUUCUCCUUUCUAGCCCCUUCCAAGUUCAAAUCAAAAGCUGGGAGCCAGGAAGAAAGAACCCGUUGUAGAACUUGGGAGGAGGUCCAGCAUGUUUAGCCCUGAAGACGGUCACCGCCCUGGGUGCUGGGUGGGCCCAGUGAGAGGCUUCGUGGGCGAGCUGGUGCCCUGCCCGGGAGAGAGAACAGUAUUACUGCAACCCUUUGCGGGAAACGGUCCAGCAGGAUGGUGGCCACGUGGAAGGACGUUCCGCGGGCGCAGCAGCACACAUCCGAAGCCAGGCUCGCUCUCGAGUCUCGGUCUGGGACACAGGGUACAUGACGAGCCGCCCUCUGACGUCUGUGCCGCUGCCAAGCCGGUCGCCCCACACCCCCAAGCAGGAGCUGACCUGGUUCAACACAGCACAAACCCUUAGAAACAUGGAAUUGACCCCGAGACGUAACCAGUGACCAGCUCCCCCGGGGAGUGUGUGUGGCGUUGCCGCACGCCCGCGCCCCGCCGUGCCCGCUGAGGACCCCCAGGCCGGCGCCUGGAUGCCUUACUCUCAGCAGCGGGGCCUGCGUGCUCUGCAGUUAGUUUUCUUCCUGGGCCCUCGGCUGGUUAGGACCUCUGCAGCUGCCUCCCUUCACCCUUGAGGAGUGGCCUUUUCAGUAUUCCCCCUCCCCCUUUAUAAAUGGUUAAAGCCACAAAGCACCCUUUGGGGGUCACUGAAGGUUGGGGCUCCAGGAAGGCGUUUGUGUGACGGUCCCACGCGCCGUGGGCGUUCCCGCCUGCUGUGUUCUCAACGUCUAAUAAAAAGACCCCAGCGGAACACGA